AGUUGUCUUUUCUCGUCAUUGCUCGUUUGUUGUGUUUUUGCGUGUGGAUUGUUAAGUGAUUUUCGCCGUUUCGUGUUCGUUGCAGUCAAGUAUUAUUUUGGUGUUCAACUCGCGCAUAUGGUGUUCGCUAAAAAACAAUGAAUUUCUUAAGAAAGUAACAAAGUCACAAUAUAUUUCUGCAUUUUCGCUAAAUUAACUAAUUAAAAGAUAAAAUUGUGUUCCUUUAUUGCCUAGUGGCUGUGCUAACGUAACUACAUACAAAUAUAUAUACAUAUAUCAAAUAUAAUAUUAUCGGCUAUUGUCACUUCUACUUGGCUAUACUUUGGGCUGUUGUGUGGCAGUCUGCCAGCCAGCUACGCGGACAAGAUAGUAUCUAUCGAUUGCAAAAACAAAAAUAUGUUGAGAUGUGGCUUGUGAUUCGGUUGGUGGCCGGAGAAGCGCAACAAGUAAUAAUUCGUCGUCGUGUAGAAGUGCGAUAAAAACAGCAAAAAUUUGAUCUUAUGAACCAAUAAAUUGACAAAGUGUCAAGUUUUUUGUCUUUCGUAUUCGCAUUAAUUGCAAAAUUCAAGCGCAAAGAGGCUAACCAACAAAUAAAGUCAAUUUCAUGUACAUAUCUACAUAUGCGUGUGCUUGUAUAUUUUUGUGUACGACAAGAUUAAAACAAAUUGCAAAAGUUAAUUGAAUAAAAUACUAAACGUGUGUUCGCAUUUAUUGCCAUUCUUAUUGUUAUUAUUAUUAUUGCUGUAGCUUCUAUGAGCAUACAUAUCUCUGAUUGUUGUUAUGUGUCCGGGGGCAAUCAGAGUGUGAUCGUUAGUGUUUGUUGUGCGUGAUGUUGGCAUGAUUGUCAUAUGCAAACAAUUGAAAUAUUCGCGGAUUUAAAAGGUUGCACUAGCAACAACAACAACAACAAAACCGCACUGUAAUAGCAAAAAUUAAAGUGUACUACUAACGAGAACGACCAAAAACAUAUCAUAUCACAGUGGUGGUGGAGGCAACAGUUGGGGAGCAAAACAAAAACUUGUGGAGCCGUGUCGUCGUAGUUGUCGUGGCCGCAACACCCGCGCCGCACCCGCACUGUAAAGUGUGUGCGUCAGUUUUACGCAUACGACGUACGCCUUGGACGCAUUGAGGCAAUCGCACUCGCGGCUGACAGAUAGAAAGACACAGACGGAGACGCAGACUGCCCGAAGUCAUACGUGUCACCGCCGCAGUCACUUUGCUGACGCAGCGCUGCCGCCGUCCAAGACGCCGAUGCCAAAGUUGUAUGUGUGCGUAUGUAUGUUCAUCGUCAGCGUUCGUUGAACGCUUCGAGGCAAUAAACUCGCGUGCAGUAUUCUACACCACCAACAACUACCACCUCAACGAUAACCGUACACCCGGUCAACGACAACAACAACAACAAUAACAACAAUUUUUGACAGCAACCAAAGCAAAAAUAUCAGAUUAACAACCAAAUUGUAAACCAAAAACAAAAACAAAAUAUUUUUUUUUAACAAAAACAGCUCAAAUAUGGUGCAACAACAACGCCUGGCCAUCUCAAUACCAAAUAUUAGCAAUCGCAUGCCGUCCAUGCCCUCCGUCGGCGUCAGCACACCCGGUUCGGUGUCGUCAACCACCUCCUCCACCUAUAAUGCCAGCCUGUCAACGUCAAUGGAUUCGCCGGCUGCGGAAGUGAACAGCGCCGACAUCGGCCUAUUCGUGGAGACGCCACUGCAGGAGCUGAGCACCAAUACACGCCUACAAUUGUCGCAGCUGCUGAAUUGCCGCAAGAUCUUACGCUCCGAAGAUGGCUACGAGCGCGAUUGGCGCGGCGUGGCGGAGCUGGCUGAGGUGCGCAGCUUCUGCAGCAGCAACAAUGAUGACCCGAUGCGCGUCGUGCUGCGUGAGUGGUGUUCACAUCGGCCGCAGACAGCGACAUUUGCACGGUUGCAACAGUACCUCGGCAUCAUCGAUCGCUGGGAUGUCAGCGAUGACAUUUACGAGAAUAUGGUUGAGGAUGCUAAAAGGUAUGCCAUAAAAUUGCGACAAAAAUCGUUAAUCGCCAGCGAUACAACAGACGCUACAUCAUCAACGGCGUUGGCGACCAACUUUUGGUCGAACCCAACGUCACCGUUUAUACCGGCGAACAGCAACGGUAUUAACGGUAACGAUGUCAACAGCAUUGAAAGCGAUCCGAAUAUGACCAUAUUGACACGUGACGAUGUGAUACUCGCCCAAAAAGGACUGCCGCCACAACAGUAUGACGCAUUCGUGCUAUUCGCCGAUGCCGAUAUUGAACAAGCCGCCGAAAUACAAACCAAAUUCGAAGAAAAUGAGAAAUACAAUUUCAAGUUAUGCUUCAAGAAUCGUGAUCUACUCGGUGGCGUACCGUUCACACACGUUGCAUUGACGCAACUGAUCGAGGAACGUUGCCGCUACUUACUUGUGAUCUUAACAAAAGAAUUUCUCGAUAGUCCAGAGAAUCAAUUUUUGAUGAAUUACACACACGCGCUGCAAAUACAGAAUAACACGCGCAAGAUCAUACCGCUUAUUUAUGAGGAUUCGGUUAUUAUACCACGUGCCUUGAAAAUAUACACACACCUCAAGUACACACCAGUGCCUACUACGCUAUUUGACUUUUGGGCGCGUCUUGGUGACUCAAUACGACGCUCUUACAAUGCUACGGACCCGUCGCCAUAUGGCCUGAAUGAAGUUGACAACGUGCUGCCCGUUAGGCAACUACCAUCUGACACGAGCUAUACAAGCUUACCAUCACCCCGCACAACGAGCGUAACCACACCCACCUCACCGAUACCGAGCAUCAAUAUUAACGGACAUGCCUACACACCCGAAGAGGAGGAGGAUGAUGUAUUUCAACAGAAGGAGCAACGUUAUCAUUUCAACAAACGUUCAUCCCUGCGUCAUCACAAUAGUGUAUACAGUCACAAUCACAACAACAAUCGCAUUAGUCAAGUCGUCAAUGGUUUGCGAAAUGCGCACUCUACUAGUCAGCUAAAUGCUGGCGUUAAUGUUGACAACGCCGUCAGCAUGAGUGAUCUCAGCAUAAAUACGGAGGCGAAGAAGAAGAAAAAGAAACCUAUUAAAGCUGUGCUCAAGCGGGUGUUUAGCCGCAGUAGUCCGAAACUACAACAAACAGCAGAAUAAUAGUAUUGUAUUUUAAUUAAUUGUUUUUUGUUUUUAUUUUUUGCUUAAUUGUAAAUUGACUUUAAGAUUGUAUUUAUAAAUCACAGUUUUACGAGUAUAUAUAUAUAAUAUUAUUUAGCAAAACCAAUGAAUACGUAACAAAAUGCAAGCAAAAUGAAGAAAAUGUUAUGUUCUAGUGUAUUGUAUAUUAUUUAUGUAUUAAUUUAAUUAUACGAAUCUGGUUUUAUCUUCGCAACUGUGACAUAAUAAGCAGCAAACACUCACAAAACAUAUAUAAACAAUAUAAAUUUCGUGCGCUUUACACGCUUUCUGCUCUUUACACCCGCUCAAUCAGUUAAAACUCGUCUUUUUAUAUAAAAAAUUUAAAAAGUGUGCGUUAUUAAUUGUUUUAAUAUACAAUAUAUAUUUGUUGUUAAUUGUAAAGUCAAUUCUGACUGGCCGCCAUUUUCUAUAACGCUUUUAAAAUGUUUCAAAUAUACAUUUAAGCUAUCCAGUGCUCACUACAUAAUUCCUUAGCAACUUGUUGCAUUUCUUACUUCGCUCACAAAUGCUCAUAUAUACACAAACAUCAAUAUUUAGCGAUCAAUUUAGCACGCGCACUCAUGUACAUACAUAUCUGAUGAUUAAAUUUAUAAGAUUCUUCAAACAUAGCUGCACAAAUCAGUGUCAUUUUAAUGAUUAUUUUAACUGUUAAAUUAACUGUUUCAAUAUUGCAAACAUAUUAGCAAGCCAUAAAGUGCUUUAAAAAACCAUUAUUAAGAGUUGUAUUUAUAUAUAUAUGUAUACAUAUUCAUAAAGAAUGUACUAUUUUAAGACAACGAAUAAAGACAAUAUGCAAUCUUAUAAAAAAAAGAAAA